CGUUUCUUAAAAAUGCAAGGAUUAUUAGCUCGGCUAAAUGCCCAGAAAAAUCAGGGCUCUUUAUCAAAAGGUGCAUCUCGUUCAACAUCUAUUGCGUCUUCCGUUGAUGAUUUAAAUGAUGACGAUCGACAAAGUAACUCGGACGAAAGUCAAAAUCAGCAGACAUCAAACGUUAGGAAACCAAAGGUUAAAAGAGACAGAGAAAAAGACAAUAAAGAUAAGGACAAAAACAAUGAUAAAAAGCCUGGCUGGAAUACAGUGCCUAGCGCAAAAUCUCGAAUUGACACUAAUAUGGUGAAAUUGAAAUUACUGGAUGCAACAAGAAAAGCUGUUCUUGAUAAGACAAAAAAGCCAGUUACUUCAACUGGUAUGCAAACUGACACAAUAAAAACGAAAUUGUGUAAAGAUAAGUUAACCGAUAAUCAAAAUGAUUUAAUAAAUCCAAAAGAUGAAGCAACAGAAACAGAUCUUGAUUUGAUAGCGUUAAAAUCAAAGGAUGGCACAGUUAUUGUAACAGCUAGUGUUUCAGUCAAUACAGAGAAGUUGGUAUCACACACAGUAUCUACUCAAACGGUUAUGCCACGUUCAAAUGUUUCAUUUAAAAAGUUUACCGAUUCUCGUCAUAGAAUUCAAUAUGCAGAGGAAGAUUCUGAAGUAGAUGACGACGAUGAGGAGGCUGAAAUGUGUUUAGAAAAAAUUGAGCGUCGUUUAAAAGCAAAGAAAAAAUUCUCACGUCAAAAAUCAACUCAAAAAUCAAACAUUGAGAUCGUAAUUGAAGAUGACUCAUCUGACAUAAUUGCUAUAGAAACGAUUCCUGCUGAGUUACCCAACAAAAAUAAAACUUCCGAUUCAGAAUAUGAAGACAGCAUUCAGGGAGAUUAUGAUGAUAAAAGCAGUUCGAAGACGAAGAAAAGUAAAGAAUCUACUUUCAACUCAUGGAAUGAUUUAGAUUUUGAAGCACAAAAAGUGGAACUGCCUCGAAAUUAUUUUAUUGAAAGUGGACCAACGCCGUGGUCUAAUUUUGAGUCUCUUGUCUUAGGACAGCGAUUCCUUAACGCACGAUUAUCUCCUGUUCCUGAAAGAAUUUCACGUCCAAAAGUAACAUGGAGUGAUACUCAAAUAAAAGUUGUUAAUGAUUUAAUGAGUGAAGCCACUGCUUUGUUUGCAUUAUUUGAUCAAGUCGCAAUGUUAUUAGGGCCAGAUAUAAAGCUUCACAACAUAUCAGAUGUCGAAGAAUUUGAAUUGCCAGCAAGUAAAUAUAACGAAGAGUUAACUAAGUCAUGCGAGAAACUUGAAGCUUCCUUAAAGCGUUUGCAAAGCCCACACUAUUUACCUAAAAGCUCUUAAAAUAUCUCGCAAUGUAUUAAAACCUAUAAAAAAAAAUAAAGUCUUGAUAGAAGUGGAAUAAAGCAAGAAUUGAGAAUUUG